AUGGCCUCCUCGACGGUACGCAAGUAUCUAUCGCCCGACGCCUGGCGUUUAACGCCGGCGCCAUCGAGUCUUGCGCCGGCGCACCUGCGUGGCUACACGAACGCGGACAUGGACCCAGUUCCGCCGGAAGGCCGCAAGUGGACGACUUUCUCGUACAUCGCAUACUGGACAUCGGACGCGACGAGCGCAGCCGUGUGGCAGCUCUCCUCGUCCAUGCUUGCUCUCGGCUUGAGCUGGCGGCAAGCCGUACCGGCCAUUGCUGUCGGACACACCGUCAUCGCAUGUGUUAUGGUCUUGAACGGGACGGUCGGCGCGCGUCUACAUAUCCCCUUUCCGGUCCUGAACCGAAGCAGUUUCGGCUUCUGGCUGAGCUACUUUUCCGUGAUCAGCCGAGUGAUCUUGAGUAUGUUCUGGUUUGGUAUCCAGGCGUUCACGGGGAGUGAAUGUGUGUAUCAGAUGCUCAAGGCGAUCUGGCCGUCUCUCGCACACCUUCCGAAUCACUUGCCUGAGAGCUCGCACAUAACUACCGCUGGAAUAAUGUGCUACUUUUUGUAUUGGAUGAUCGUUUUCCCCCUCAUGUUCGUCUCGCCGCAACGGAUACGUUGGCUAUUCGUGCUCAAGUCAAUCAUCGUGCCCCCAACAUGGAUCGCGAUGCUCAUCUGGGCAUUUGUCAAGGUUCCUCCCUCCUCGCAUGAGGGUCUCAUCGCCGAUCAUGCAACCCUCCACGGGUCAUCCCUGUCGUGGGCAUGGCUGACCGCACUCAACUCGGCCUUUGGCAUCUAUGCAACGCUCGCCGUCAACAUCCCAGACUUUACGCGAUAUGCAGUUGACGAACGUGCACAAUAUGUCCAGCUGAUCAUCAUCCCCAUUUUCUUCACCUUCUUCAGCUUCAUCGGCGUCGCAGUCACAUCAGCCGGGCAAGUGCUGUACGGCGCGACCCUUUGGGAUCCUUUGAGGCUCAUCGACAGAUGGGAUAACCGCGCGGCGGCCUUCUUCGCCGCUUUCUCCUUCAUAGUCACCACUCUCGGCACGAACGUCUCCGCCAACACGCUUUCCGUAGGCAACGACAUGACGGCUCUAGCCCCGCGAUGGAUCAACAUCAGGCGCGGUCAGAUUCUCUGCGUCAUCAUUGGUGGCUGGGCGCUUGCACCUUGGGAGAUCCUCGCAAGCGCGAGGGGCUUCUUGACCUUCAUAAACGGGUACACAGUCUUUCUUGGCCCUAUCGCCGGCGUCAUGAUCGCCGACUACUGGAUCGUCCACCGCGGAAAGGUUGACGUCGUCGCCAUGUACGAUCCGCACGGUCGGUAUCGCUAUACUGGCGGUGUUAAUUGGCGCGCAUUGGCGGCGCUUUUAUGCUCCGUACCGCCGAACAUGCCCGGCUUGAUUCACAGCAUCAAUCCGAGCAUACCUGUCCGCGGUGCUAUCUACGUCUUUGACGUCGCGUACCUCUUUGGCCUCUUCACCGCAGGAGGCGUAUACACCCUCCUCUCCUACUUCUUCCCCGCUCAAGAAACGAUGCUCCACGCGGCCAUCCUCGAUCUUGACGACGCGAAGACAUACGCAUCGCAAUACGACGACGCUUACGCCAGAGCCUACGGUGUCGACAGGGACGACAAGAGCGAAGAGAGCGUCGUUGGCGAGCGCGAGGAGAAAGAGAAGGAGGACUACGACGCGCAGCUUCGGAAUGCUUGA